UUUUUUUUAGAUACAGUGUCGGUCGAGACUCUUCGCGUGUUGUUUGCCUUUUGCUCUCGUCUGGUUCACGUGUGGAAUAUUCCUAAGGAAAGGCAACGAAGAUAUUCGUGUGAAUUUUGUGACAGUUAGGGAGAAAAGACGUGCUUACGUGAAGAGUCGUGUUAUAUAGCCAAGCUUUUUUAGAUUUUCUAGAGAAAUAACCUCAAUCACAAGGCACAGUUCGAAACGUAAACUUUCGUCAUAGUCUACAUUAAAAUAUGGAGAAAACUACAGGAGCUGGUGGUAGCAACAUGGAACCAUCAGCACCUAUGCAAGCGUCAUUACCAACAGGUCCACCUUCUUACGAAGAAGCUAUUGCUUAUGGUGGAGGUUUACCUAAUCCUCCAUACCCCGUAGGAGUAUCGACGAUGCCAGUACCACCAACGUAUAAUCAGCCACCGAAACAGACUACAAUGCCAAUGCCCUCAAAUUAUGCUGUGCCGAAUGACCACAGUGCAUCGCAGCCGUUUAAUACGAAUCAGAACUUUGCACCUCCGCCGGAAGUGCGGAUCAUUCACCAACAUGUAACCUUCGCUCUAGGUCCACACGCGAUCAAAAUGACUUGUCCGACGUGCCAUACUGACAUUAAGACCACUACGAUAUCGGAUCAUCAACCGAGUGCUCACAUCUGUUGUAUCGUGCUUUGCUUAUUGGGAUGUUGUUUAUGCUCUUGUUUGCCUUACUGCAUGAGUGCCUUCAUGAGCGUCCAUCACUUUUGUCCUAAUUGCAAAAAUUAUAUUGGUACGUGGAAGGGCUGAUUGUUACUAUAAAAAGUGCAUCUAGAUGACACGCACUUUUUCUCAGCCUUCCAUGUAAUUAGGUACUGUGUUAUUCCAUGAAAACAGAAGAAAACCAAAAAAAAAAAAGAAAACAGAAAAAAUAUAACAAAACUAUGUAUUCGAUACUCUAUACUUGUCGCGUAUAAAAAGUAAUGGAAGAGUGGUUAAUAAGGGUACCUACAUAUAUUAUAGCAGGUUGUGCUGCAAAUAGUAUAUAUGUAUGUAUGUAUGUAUGUAUGUAUGUAUGUAUGUAGGUGUGUACGUAUCAUAUGUGUAUACAUGCAAGCUCUACGCUUAUUCUUUACGAAACAUUCGAAUGCAACCUAUAUGGAGUGAUAGUCACCUAGUUUAAAUUCUAUUCAAUUAGAAUUAGCCGUACGUAUGAGAGAGUAGAGCAAAUGGGACUGAGAAAGCGAUAAUAUAUUUAUAUCAUCGUUAGUAAGGAUGUAUAACAGUGUUAUUCUCGCUUACAUUUAUUACAUUCCACGUGCGAUACAGUAAGACUCUUUCCCAAUAAGAUGAAAGAAUUUUAAGACAUCCUUUUUGAAAAGGAGGACACGUGUAUCUCCUUGAGGCAUUUUCGAUAUAGCAAGUAGUGAUCGAUGUAUGUAUAUAUAUAGACAUACACACAUACGCAUAUAUAUAUAUAUAUAUAUAUAUAUAUAAUUUAUUUAUAUAUGUAUUUUGUAUAUGUAUAUUUAUAUAUAAAUAUUUAUAUAUAAAUAUUUAUAUAUAUUAUACAUAUACAUAUACAUAUAUAUAUAUACAUGUGUGUGUGUGUGUAAGACUGGAAUUUAGGAAUAUUCCUGUUUAUUAUAUCAUGUAAUCUUCUUUUAUUUUCUCUUUCUAGUAUUUAAAAUAAAUUUAUAAUUAAUUACGGAAAGUACAACAGUAGACCUUUUUAUUUUGGUAUAUUUUCAUUUUAAAGGAAAAGAAUCCGAAAAAAAUCGUCUGACUUCCUGUUGAAGGUGUUGAUGAGAAUUUUUAUUUUUGUAUUAUAAAAAAAAAGAGCGAGUUCUUUGGAAGGGAUAUAAUAUUAAACGAAGCGCACAUAACGUAAAUAUUUUAAUCUUUUCUAUGAUACAGGAUGCAACAUAAAAUAUGCGCUUUAUACAUUUGAAUAAGAGAAUGAUGAUUAUAAUACAGGGUGUUGAGUGAGUGAGUGAGUAAUCAUGAUAAUUCAUCACGUUGGAUUUAUUUGAUUUUAAUUGUUUAAUGAAAUUAUUUAUAUAAAGGCAAUAUCGUUUUCUUACGAAGGUAUAUUGGAAGAAAAGGAAAAAUGCUUUUGAAGAAAGAUACGUGUAUUUGCCAUAAUGAAUAUAUUUCUAAGAGUAUUCCACGCAUGUUCUUUAUAUUAGUACUAUACAUAAUUUUAUAUUUGUAUUCUACGUGAUAUAUUAUAUAUAAUAUACACAUUUACAUGCUAGUAUUGUAUAUAAUAAGUAUUCUUGUGUAUAUUGCGAAGGAUUUGUCAUUCCACUAGAGGAAAAAGAAAAAAGAAACAAACAAAAAGAAAAAAAAGAAAGAAAUUUACUUUUAAUUUUACGAUAAAUUCAAAUUUAUUAUUUGAUUUAUUUAGAGCGAGUAUCUCAAGUAUCAUUAAUAUUAAUGUCAUUUAUGUCGAAAUAUAGAAAUUGAUGCUACAAAAUUGAUACUUAUCUGUAACUGUUAUAACAUAUCAUGAUGCUUAUUUCAAUGCAUGAUAAAAUUCUACCGUAUCAUCAAUUGCGAAAUAGAUAAGACCUUGAUGUUCUUGAGAUUUAUCAAAUUGAAAUGUGAACGAUGCGAUCGGACUGCUUGACAUUUGAAAAUUUACAUUGUAAUGAUUUUUAAAAAUCACAAACUAAUAAAAGCACGCUGGCGUCUAUUACAAAAAAAAAAGAAACGUGGUUUUCUGCAAAGAUAAUACAAUUUUUUAAAUAUUUUUAAAUAUUUUAAAACCUUUUGAUAUGACAGCAUUGUCCUCGAGUACUCUGUUGUUAUAUGGGCAGUCAGAAUAUGAGUGUGCACUUGAGCUUGGUACGAUCGUGUACUUUAUCACGAACUAUGAACGUAUAAUUUAUCGCUGACAGAGCAUAAUAUUUGAUACUUUGUCACGCGUCAUCUAAAUUAUUAGUUUCUUCAUAAAGUUGCGUUGAAUUAAUAUAAUCGAAGCUUUGAAUAAAUAUGAAAUUUUAACGAUUAACUUAAAUCACCGAUAGAAUGAUAUAGCGAGUGUGCGAUGAUGAGUAACUAUAGUCAUCGUUUGAUGACAUCUAGCAAGUCGUAGACGGCUUCACAUUUAACCAAAUCGAAUUUCAGUUAAUCGAUUAAGGUCAUCAAUAUAGUUCAGAGACUAAUGCUAUUUCAAUUUUAUUCGAUUAUUUGAAAUUAAAUGAAAAAGCAAGCGAACAAUUACAUUUCAAAGGGUUGCGCAGAGGUCUGCAUCUUACUGCACAGUGAAAGACACGAUUCUGAUACAAUUCCAUCCCAAAUCAUUUCCUUUUUAGCAUUAUUAUCAUCAUUGUCAUUAUUUUCAUCUUUAUCGUCUUUAUUCUCAUCAUUCUUUUCAUUAUCAUUUCCAUAAUUUCUAUUAUUUCCAUCAUCUCGUCAUUUCCAUUAUAUCUAUUCCCAUUUCCGAUGCUGGUAUAUGUAAUUUCCUUAUACGUGCGGUCAACCACAUUACUAUUACCAUAAUUAUCUGUACAUUCAUACAAACCCACACUCACAGGUUUAUUUUACAGAUCUAUAGCUACUUAUGUAAUCAAACAAUGUAAAGUUAAUAUACUAUUACCAUUGCACUAUC